CAUAAUGUCAAAGAAACGAGGUUUGAGUGCCGAAGAGAAAAAGAUCAGGAUGUUGGAGAUAUUCCAUAACAGUAAGGAUUUCUUUCAGUUAAAGGAGUUAGAGAAAAUAGCACCAAAAGAGAAGGGUAUCACAAUGCAAUCAGUAAAAGAAGUAGUCCAAAACUUAGUAGAUGAUCAUCUUGUUGACUCAGAGAAGAUCGGUACCUCCAUAUACUUUUGGUCAUUUCCUAGUAAAGCGAAGAAUGCUAAGAAGAGGAAAGUGCAGGAUUUACAAAAUGAAAUAGAUGAAUGCACAAAGAAAUUGAAAAAGACUGAAGAUCUGAUUGCAAGUGAAUCUGUUGGAAGAGAAAUCUGUGAGGAAAGGACGAAAAUUCUAUCAACACUGGAAAGUCUAGAGAAACAAGAAGAGAAACUUAAAAAGGAAUUACAAAAGUACAGGGACUCCGAUCCAGAAUACAUGGCUCAGUUGAAAAAAGAAACUCAGGACUUAAAAACAGCUGCAAAUAGGUGGACAGAAAACAUUUAUAUACUGAAAUCUUAUAUAAAGAACAAUUUUCAAAUGGAGAAUGAUGUUAUCGACCAGAGUUUCAACAUCCCGGCAGAUUUGGAUUAUAUUGAAACAUAAACUAUUACCCAAAAUGCUAUUAUACUUAACCUUUUUACACAAAAUAUAACUAAGUAUGUUACUAUUUCUUAACAUCUUCACAGUUUGUUUACAACAGUAAGCAUUUGAUUGCGUACUGUGAAGAUCACUUAUUGACCGGGAUGAAAGACCAAAUACUUGAACUAUUUGAAUUAAAUACAAUAUUGUUUGAA